AUGUCCAAACCGACCCCUUCGGCCUGGCGAAGGCAUUCUGAAUUUGCAGAGAAGAGCCCCUCUUCGAGUGCGACCGAGUUUCCCCAUGGUGUUGAGACUCCGCCACUCGUGGCGUACGGCAACGAAGAUGACAUGGCCUACCUUCGCUCCAUGAGCUAUGUACGUACUUCCGGUCGUCUCAGCUCGUAUACCACGCUGCCCUACGACGACUCUCGCAAAGGAGCCAAUUCUCCUCAAGACACAUUGCUCAACUCUCCGAUCGCACCAACCGACUAUGCUGCCUCUGACAACGAUUCGCACAGAGCGUCCAAUAGACGGAGUCGGCUCAAGGACACCAACUCGUUGGGGGCCGAGCUCGGUGACAUGCCGGUAGCGAUGAGCCGCGAGAUCGUGAGCAAGAUGAAGUAUGGCCGAUUGAGGUACAUUGAUGGACUGCGCUUUUUCGCUGCCAUUUUUGUGCUCACUUCGACGGUGAUUGGCAACCACAGACAGACGUGGUCGGUGGGUGCGAGCAUACUCUACCCCUUUGGAUCCAACUUUGCCCUCACUCUCUUCCUGGCACUUCAAGGCCGUGCUCUUACGCUCCCGUGGUUGGUCAGCCGAAAAGAUGCCAUCUCGAGCUUUGAAGAGGCGGCCGCCAAAGCUAGGGCUGCUAGAGCUGCGAAAGCGGCGGCUCCGACCAAGACUUUGGACGAAAAAGCUGCUCCUCCGGCGGUCCUCACCACUAAGAAUCCGCGCAACGAAAUCAACAAGCCCGACUUCAAGCUGUACGGAAUGGCCAUGAUUUCGCGUCCUUUCCGCUUCCUGCUUCCCGUUCUCUUUGUCACGGGUGUUCAGUACGGUAUCUGCCAGGCAACGGGUCUCUACCGUCAGAAUCCGAAUUUCGAAACACUGAUUGGCCAGCGACCGGGAUGGUGCUUCGCCAAUGCAUCUCAGUGGAUCAUUACAGCGACCAACUUGUUCACCUCGGAGGAUCGACCCACCGAGCUGCGCAACGAGGCCGGACCCAUUUUCUACUUGCCCUGGUUCUUCCAGAACAGCUACUACCUCUAUGGUUUAACCAUGAUCGUCAGUAUCCUGCAGCGCGACACACGUGUGGCAUUCCUGUUGGUCAUGGGACUACUCAAUUGGUGCACGCUUUCCUACCUUGCUCCCGCUCUGCUCGGAUUGUUGGUGGCCGAGCUGGAUGUGUCGGGUCAGUUUGCUCGAUUGCGUAAGAACCGUAUGGCUAGCUGGAGCGUGCAGGGCGUCUGCGUGGUUGUGUUUCUCUUGUUCCUGUUGGUACCUCAGAUUCGCGACCCCAUCAACGACGGUUUGAGUCAUCUGCAGGUGAUAAGACCUACGAACCGUAACGGAGCCAAUAUUUACUCUGUCAUCAAGUUUACCGACGUGAUUUGCUCGAUGCUCUUGCUUGUAUUUAUCGAGCUUUCGCGUUUCUCGCAACGUACGCUUUCGCUGGCACCCUUUUCCAUGAUGGGUCAGCAGAUUGGUGCCGCUAUUGUGGCUGUCCACGCAAUUGUGCUUUGGUCCAUCAUGCCCAAGAUCUUUCCCAUGACGGCUGACGACUCUGUCACGUCGAAAGCCGCUUCCAACCUGGCUGGAAUCUGGGCGCUGACGCUCAUUAUCUCGUUGGCGCUUUCGACUAUUUUCCGUGUAGCGGUCGAGCUUCCGAGUGAGCUGCUGGGUAGAGCAACGCUCAUCUUUUUCUACGGCCAAGAAGAUAUUCAGCAACUGUCGACGGUCUCGCAGGAGCAUGUGGAGAAGGCGAGGCGUUCCGGAUACUUGAUGCCCCUGCCUAGUCUCGGUAACCCCAUGGCCAAGUUGGGGCUGACCAAGGUGCCCUGGUGA